GUGACGAUAAUGAUACAUUGUAGUUUUUUUUUUGUCACGAAUGACAAUAAUGGUGACGAUUGUGCAUUGUACCAAAUAGUAUACAUUAGUAUAAAUUUGAUCUGUCACAAAAAGUGAUUUCUGUGACAAAUAUUGUCAUUACAAAAUACAACAAUGGCGUGGAUUUGACUCGUAACACAAUACAUUUUACAUAAAAUUUGUCACGUAUAACUCAUUUAGUGACAAGAACUAUGGUAAUAAAAAUAUUAUUGGAGAGUCUUGCACACAGUUCUUCUGACGGAUUAUGAGUCUCAUCGGAAUGAUAUACUUCAUCUAUCGAUUGGGAUCUUAUCUCAUCACUGUCAGAGGCUUGUCAUUCUUGAGUUUCCCUUGCCCUUUUGGCCGAGUAAGCAAUAUAAUCGGAGCUCAUGAUUCCUAUCAAAACAAAGCUUCAUUGUUAUAAGGGGAAGACUAUAGGAGUAGUUUCUUAAAUUAGUUAAUGUGUAUCCCAGGAAGAAGAGCACGUGGAAUAAAACUCUGAAAAUAAUAUUAGUUUUAGGAAGAAGAUUUGUACAAUACCUAAUUAACAGUAUGUUAACACUAACAAAAACUUCAAUCGAGAGAGCAGUGUACUUGAGUCUUGAGAUUGACGGUAACGAGGAUGGCAUCUAGGAACAGGAGAUGACGAUGGAACAGAAGCAGGGUUUUGCAGAAGAAGGACUUCGGCAGAUGAAGGUUUUUUAUUCUAUGGGAAAGAUUGGAUUAAUAGUAGUGAAUUUUAUAUUGAUAUAGAAUAGGAAGAGUUGAGAUCUUUUUAUGGGUUGGGAGAUUCUCAAAGAGCUAUUUUUGCGGAAAAUAUAUUGGAUUUAUCAUACUUAAGGGAAGAGCUUUUAUUAUUGAAGAGAUGAACGAAUAAAAAAUAUUAUUGCCUACCAUUGUUUUACGAGGAAAAAUACAGUCCAUAAUUUUUACUUUAUGGUUGUACACGAUGAUAAUAGGUAAUUUACUAGAAUAAAGUACUUGGAAUUGAGACUUACCUAAUUAGUGAUCAAUUGUUACAUUGUUUGUCAAUUAAUAAAUAUCGCCUCUUAUGCCAAAGCUUCUGUACUAAGAUUAUUUAGUAAACCUAAUAGAGUUGUUAAUUUACUAAAUAUAUGCUAUGUCACAUUUUAUCCAUAUGAUUAUCAAAUCGAAAGAAAAUUAAAUAUUGUAGAAAUGUGUACGAGUCUCCAUGACUAUUCUCAAAGAGGUUGACCAUGAUGCAUACGAGUCUCCAUGACUCGUUGGUCUGAUAAAUUAGCACUUAUUCAAGGUGGAAUUAUAAAAUCUCAAAUUUUAAUUGUGUUAAAAAUAUUCAAGGAUUCUACCAAAAAAAACUAUUCAAGGAAAACAUUAUAUAAAGUGUGGAAGUGUGGAAGUAUGCUACUUUAAUGUUUUUCCUAGCUAGGAUGAAUAGAAAAUAUUCAGGGAGAGAAUUAGAUAAUAUAAUUGGCCAAAUGUCAAAUAACCAUUCAAAUAAUUAUUUUGGCGAAAUACUUUAUGCUAAGGCUGGAAGUUCGGAUUGAUAGGCUCUUUUUUGUUUUGUUAGGAAGAAUAUAAAAAUCAAUAUUAAGUAUAUUUUACCAUAAUUAUCUUCGAGAUAUGGAUGAUCCGAUGGGAAGUGAAAAAAAUUCAAUAGUAUUUAUUAAUAAUAAUAAAGGUAUAACGAGGUUUGGUCAUUUGUAGUGGAGGUUCUUUUAUGUUUUGUUCUUCAAUUGUAGUGAGAGUUCAAGUUAAUUUGAAAUUCACAUACUUAGUUAAUAUAAAUAUAAUAAUUCAUAUACUUAUUUAAUAUACAAUCAUAUUAUUAAUUAUUAUAAUUAUAGUUCAUAUACUUAAUUAAUACAUAAUAAUAUUCUUAACUAAUAUUCUUGAUUAAUAUAAUAAUUUUAAUUAAUAACAAAUAUCAAAUUGGUACAAUAUGUUACAUUUUUUACAAAGUGUUAGUCUAAAUAUUAGAAUAUGUAACACAAGUUAUUUUAUUGUACAAGUGUUGCAUAUUAUUAACAAUAUGCAACAAAAAUUAUCAUGCUGCUGAUUUGUGUUGCAUAAAAUAUAUAUUAAGGGACACAAAAUGAAAGUGUUGCAUAAGAUAUAUAUUAAGCGACACAAAAUGAAACUGUUGCCUAUAUUUAUUUUAUGCAACACUUUUUAGAAGUGUUGCAGGACGAGUGUUGCAUAAAGCCACUUUUCCCGUAGUGGGCUCAGUGUGAUGAAGGAAUGUUCUGGACGAGUGGGUUUGAAUUUAGUAAUAUAAAAAUGAAAAAAUCUUAAUGUUAUCUACGUACAUUGUACAUUAUUUAUUAGAAACAAUUAAACAAAGGAGAGAAAAGAAGAUAACAAUGAGGUAUGUAUGUGUGAGGAGACAAAGGAGUGGCUCGACGAGUUGACUUACAAUAUAUAACUACUCUACAACGUUAAAUUUCUGAUAUUUAUAUAUUUAUGUAUUGUUAAUAAUUUUAAAUAUAAUUAUUGUACUUAAAUAAUUCAACGCGCAGUCAAGUAAUUGAAGAAAUCGACCAUUAAUUCAACGACAAAUUAUUGAUUUUUCAAACUCAAAAUUUUCGAAGCAUAAAAAUUAAGAAAGCAUAUUGUAAUUCAAAAUAAGAGAAUUUUACAAUGCUAUAUAGUAUGGGUGCUAUAAGUUUUUGCCUUUAUGGUAUAAUUUGAAAUUGUACCUUUAUCGUUAUAGUACAACUUCAGAUUGUACCUAUACUUUUUUCACAAAUUCAUUUAUGGUACAACUUGUACUUGUACCUUUAUGUGAUGGUACGUACAACUUCAAGUUGUAAAAUUGUACCAUAACAUAAUGAUACAAAUUGUUUUAUGAUACAACAUAAACUUAUACAUUUAAUGGUAUGGUACAACUUCAAGUUGUACAUUAAAAUACCAAUACUAUAUAGCAUAGUAGAAGUGCUCUCAAAAUAAACCGACAUAUUAUGCGAUUUGAAACGAUAAGGAUAUACAGAGAGAUUCCAAACAAACCCCAUAUAUCUCCGACACAAUGACAGACUGCAAGAAACCAUCAUUCCUGAAAAGAAUACACAUAGAACGAUCGGCUAUACCAUAUAUAUCAACUGCUGUUCUUGCUUUUAGUGUUCCUGUUCUGCCUUGUUUUGUUUUGUUGGGCUGAAAUGAAAGUGAGACCAACAAAUGAAAUUACCUUCUUUGACAGAGUGACGGAGAAACGGGUCGGGUCGGGGACAACGCAGCAUGGGGGAAACCUGGCCAAUCAGAGAGCCCACAGUACCAUAUGCUCUUAUUAAUUCUCUUCUCUUGGUGUUUGCCCUAGGACACGUGUUGAUCCUUUUUCUCCGUCCAACCCCUCUUUCCAUAAUUAUCGCCUCCACUACCUAGCUCCAUAUCUCUCUCCAAGAAACCCACCUCCACCGGAGAAAAAAAAGCCACAGACUGACAGAGAGCAUAGCAAGAACAAGAUCGGAGAUAUGAACAGCGGCGGAGAACCAUCCAGCUGGCGCAUGAUAAGCUGGUCAACCAACCACGGCGGGUUUGGAUCGGUGCAAGACGUCGGUCCGACGAUAACCAACCGGAUCAUGCUCCGUUUCCGCCCCAUCGCCCCCAAACCCGCCAACCCAGAUCCCUCCGCCACGGCCUUAGCAAACAGUUACAAGCCCAGGAAGAAGCGAAAGUACCUUAGGGUUCGCAAGAGCAAUAGAUCCGUCAAGAAAAAGGACACGUCAGCUUCAUCGUCGUCGCCGGAUCCUAAAUCCUCAAACCACGUCGUCACCCUCCAGCUCCUCCCGGAGAAAGGCCACCCGCCUAAGGAACAAGAAGCAGCAGCUGUAGAUCGGAACAUGCUCUCGUCGUCGUUGCCGCCGAGACAGUGCAACCUGGAUCUCACCGUGGCCGCUUCUGCAGCCGAGGAUGACAAUAAUAAUAAUAAUAAUAAUAGUUAUUAUUACCAUCACGGCACAGAUCUGGUGACGUGGCGGCGGGGGCAGGAGGUGGAGGAGUCGUGGGUGACGGUGGAGUCAGCGGCGGAGAUCUCGUCCUCCUCCGCCUUCGGUUGCUGCAUGGAUCUGGAGGAAGUGAAGAUCCGCUUGGAUGGGGACACGUGUCCAGGGUUCGUAUCGGACGGCUGCAACCGGGUGGUGUGGGUGAACGGCGCCUACAGGAGGAUGGUGGGGACGGCGUCCGUUGUGAGGGUGGUGGUGGUGAUGAAGGAUGAUAAGGUGGCGGCGUCGUUUCAUCGCGAGGUUGGAGGAGGAGCGUACACGUGUUGGGUGAGGGUGAGAGGGGCGACGUGGAGGAAGGAGAUGGUGCCGUGUGACGUUUGGAGGGUGGAGAAUGGUGGGCUUGCAUGGAGGCUGGACGUUGAGGCCGCCCUCACCCUUGGGCCGGGUUCAGAAAUUGAUUUGGUUACUCAAGGAACCCGAAUUGCUCCUUGAAAGCAAUAACCUACCAAGGUAACUUAACUAUAAAAUGUGGAGUAUUUAUUCUUGAUUUCUUUCUUUCUUUCUUUCCUCUUAAAUAGGACUAACCUAUCUUCCAAAUCCACCUGUAUAUAUAUAUGCCCAUUCUCAAAGGACCACACACAAUGACAUGGUAGGGAUGGAGGGGUGGGGAUGGAUAUUGAUGAGGUGGCGGCUGGUUUAUUUGGGUUCUUGAUAUGAUAUCAUUUAGCCAAUUUUUAGUUCAUAAUUUACACCGAAGAGAAGUUAAAUUGACAGUUUACUUCGACUCAACGCAAUACUUUAGAUUUAGGACGUUUGACUAAAAAAAUAGGUUCAUGAUAUAUACAUAUAUAGACAUACUAAGAAUCUAAGAUGUAAAGGAUAAUAUGUUGGGUAUUUUCAUGAUGAAUAGCUCUUAUUAUUAUUAUUAUUUAUUAUUAUCAAACCCCUAGGAUAUGACUGGAGGAUGAAGACAGGUGGAUAGCAUAUGAGAGGAGACUCGUUGUUAUCAUAGGACAAGCGGCUUAUUGGUUCGUCCCAUUAAUGUUGUUUGUUUGUGAUCAAACUAAUAAUCAACUAAUAAACCAGACAGAUUCAACCAAACCCACUUUAUUAUAAAUACAAAAAUGUAGGUACAAUAAACAAUAACAUGCCUAACUAGCUAGUUAGAUAUAGCUACUUGAUAGCUAAGUUAAGUACACACACAAAAAGGAUAACUAGCUAGCUACCUAGGGAUGAUUGUAUUAACAAUAAGAAUAUUAAGUAGCAUAUACAUAAUUAAGUUCACCUUCAUAAAAAGAAAUUAUCAAGACCACCAAAUUUUGUUUCUCAACAUACAAAUAGAGAGCAAAGUAAGAUGAUAUGAGAAUUGGACACAAUAUAUGGUACGUCCAUAUGUGGUAUAGGCGUCCAAACUCAAAAUCUAAUAGAUUUUGGUUUAACAAUGGAGAGUGAAUUUGUUCUUGCUCGUAUAUAUCUUCAUGAAUUCAUGAUAAACUUAAAACUUCCACCACAAUACUGUCUAACUCUUUUUAUUUCUUAUAUACUAAGAGGGCAGGGGCGGAGCUACCUUGUUCUUCGGGAGGGCCCCGGCCCCCCCGAGAAUUUUGAAGAUGGCGUGUAAAAAUAUCGAGAAUUUUGGAAAUUCUGAAGAAACUAUCUAUUAUACAAUUACAGUUCCGCGAAAAAAUGUUGAUCUUUGACUAGCUCUAGUCCAGCGGAAAGCAGCUCUUAGUAUCUUCCAGGUACUCAGGUUCAAUCCUUGGCAUAACCAUAUUUUUGCAGAUUUUCUCUUUUUGGUUUAAUUUUUGCUUAAAAUUUGAAUUAACUACUUAACUUUUGUACUUCAUCUUCAUAUAUUUUCUAAUUUUAAAGUUCAAACCAGAUAAUUAAAGAUGAAGUAUGCUGGUCAUUUACUAUUUAUUUUGAAUAGACCAUUACAUAAAAUUUGAGUUUAUAACACAUGUUUAUAUCUUUUAAUCAUCUAAAAUAUUGCUUGGGUUUCUAAAACACUGUUUGGGUUUCUAUAAUGAAUGAAUUAUUAUUAUUAUUUAUCUUCUUUGAACAUUUUGAUGGAUACUAUAAAACAAAGUUCGCCCCCCCCCCCCCCCCCCCCCCCCCCCCCGAUCUCUAGAUACUAGCUCCGCCCCUGUAAGAGGGCACUUAUAAGUACGUUGAGAGUACUACGUGCAUGAUGCAUGGGGGGGUUUGAGAGGGGGGACACAUAUAAAAUGAGCAAGUUGUGGGGAAAUUGGGUUUUUUUAAUGAAAAAUAUUGUCUAAUACUAAGCCAUAUAAUACCGUCUUUAAGGAAUAAGAUGCUUAUGUAAUGGCAAUUUGGCACUAAAACACUUUAGAAUGUCUAACUAGCUAUUAAAAAAAGAAGAAGAAGGAAUUUUUAACUAGUAGUACUUGAACUUAUCUCUAGACUCUAAUACCGCUAGUUAUUAUCAUGAUGAAGUUAAUUAAGAUUUUUGCUUUAUUUGUCAACGGAUAAAUCAAUUAAAAUUAAAUUGUGGUUUCGAUCCAUAUCAGCUAAAUCUUACAGAUUUGUGUUUAGAUCCAAAAGUUCCACUCUAGAUAUCAAAUUUUUGUUGUUUAAUUUGAAAAUAUAAUAAAUCUUCAUAAUUUAUGAAACAAUCUUUCAAGUGGGCAAUAUAUAAGUUUUUGAGAACAUUUGAGUCGCUUAUAGUUUAGAAUUGCUAAUUAGUAAUGCCAAAUUUUUUAUGCAUUAAUUGUUUCUUGGUUGUUGUUUGAGAUAUAUAUGCAUCUAAUAUCUUAGGGCGUGUUUGUAUAUGAUACAUUCUCGAUUUUUGAAUGCAUAUGAGGUACUAGGGGUGAACAAGCACACCCGCAAACCGACCCACCCGUCCAACCCGACCCAACCCACCCGUAUUUAUCGCUAAAACGAAGGUUUUGGGUUGGGUGAGGGUUUUCUUUUGUACAACCCGCCUCUAUUGGGUUGGGUUUGGAUUUUGGAUUACACAACCCGUAGAACCCGACCCAACCCGUGUUCCAAUUAUUGGUAUGAGUUCGUAUCCAAAAAAAUAUUUAUGUCAUAUAUAGUCAUACUUAUGAGAAAAUUAAGAUAUUUUGCCAUGUUUAAUAUACCUAUGAUUCACGUAAUUCUUUUUCUUGUGUACAAUUUUAAUAGAAUAACAUAUUAUGGAUGCGUUCAUUUGUAACCUUUUUAGCCUAUUUCAACAAAUGUCGUGAAAAAAAACUAGACAUAAGUUGAAGUAAAUAAAAUUUUAUUAAAAUUCAAACAAUAUUUGUGAAUUUUGAUACCUUUCACCUCGGUUUAUUCGUUUGAAUUUUUAAUUUGUUAUAAAAUAUUUUUAUGGUGUAGAAUAAUUACAUAUUUUGUGUUGGGUUGGGUUUUUACUUAAAAAUAUCGCCAACCCGACCCAACCCAAUUAGAAACAAACCGUAGGGUUUAAAUUUUUUUGGGUGGGUUUGGGUUUAAUAUUUCUCAAACCGUAGUGCAUGGGUCGGGUGAUUAAAAUGUCUAAACCCGGACCACCCGACCCAUGUACACACCUAUGAGGUACCUUAUUUCAUACUCAGCAUUCGAUUAUUUUUACAUCUAAAAACAAACUCGAACUUGUUCCAAUUGUAUAAUUAUGAACAACAAAAAAUGUGAUUUUUUUAAGAGAAUAGCAUUUAGGACUUGAUUGACUCAUAUUUUUUUAAAUUUAUUGGUACAAUGUUAGAAAUUGAAAUUCCAAAAAUGACCACUAUAAAUGACAUAUAUGAGUAAAAAUGUAAGAAUUAAUUGUGAUUCUAAUUAAUCUCUGUCAUUAUGUUAAACAAAGGGUCCAUCCUUCAAAUGUAUGACUCAUGCACCCUUUACACUUUUCUAAUAUUCUACCAAGAAACCAAAACCAAACUCCCAAGUCCCAACUAUACAUAUAUAUACACUCUUUCAACCAAUGAUCACUUGUUGCACCUUGUUUACCAGCUCCAUAUGUAUGCAUAUUCUUUUAUUUCUCUUCUUCCACCAUAAUCUUGAUUACUUUUCUUCCAUUUUGAAUUGCUUUAAAUAUAUAGUGAAGUAGUCAACGAUGAUGAAGAACCUCUUCUUCAUACUGAUGGAUUCAUGUUAACGAUUGGUCUUUUGUUCCAUUGUAGCUAGAUGCCUCUUUUCACGAUCGAUGAAUAUCGAUGAUUGAUCGUAUGGAGACAGACUUCGUCGAAGUGUACAUAUGUUACUGCAUACGUUAUAUUUGUUAGAUGUUAUUCAAAAUUUACCAAAAUGGUGGCAUUCAGUUGUUGAAGCUGCAGCUUGAUCUGCAGUCGGUGAUCGCUGGUUGAAUACCGAAUAUGGUGUAUAGACCAAGAAAAGCUCAACUGUGAAUUGUACAUAUAUGUUCAUGCUUGUGGUCGUUGUGGACCUUCGAAAACUUGAAGACCUUUGAUCAAACGUACAAAGUUGUAUUUUUAGAGAAGAUAACUUGAUGUUCUUAUGUGGAAAAGAUGGCAGGACCAAUUAUAUGUAUCAACGUUCUACAAAUUGCAUGAUAUAUGUUUGAGAUUAUUGGUAUUUAAUUGAAUGGUUGUGCAGGUCCAUCAUAUGUCACACUUAUGUCAAUCUUUGGGCAUUGAUCUUUUGACCAUGAAGGUUGUGACACCAUGUUCAAUAAUUAAUUAUAUACAACUUAUUUUGUAAUAGAGGAAUGAGAUAAAGAUUUAAUACGGAUAUAUGUAUUAUGCUCGUUAAAUUAUGAUAUAACAAUACAAUCAAAUGAUGCUAUGAUCCUACUAGCUGUGCCUAGUAAGAUUUUCAAUCAAAUUAGGACCCAUCAAUUUCUUCGUACUCAAUUGAAAGUCAAUCCAUGAACUCAUAUCUUGUGAUUAUUAAUAUCGGAAUUCUAAGGAUUCGAACACAAACCCUUCUAUAAGUCAUCAACUCUAAUACCACAUUUGACAACAAUAUAAUUUUGAUAACUCAAAAGUAGUUAUGAAGCUCGAAUAUAAACUUCAUAUAAUUGUUCUUCAGAAAAUAAGUAAUUGACAAGAACAAGUAAUAGACUUCCUAAUAUCACAAUGUCUAUAUCCAAGAGGAUAGAGCUAGUAAGGCUGAUCACCAACAUCAAAGAGGGCAAACAUUGCCAUUUUUUUCAUAUAACAUAACACUGCAUGAAGGCCAUCAAUAUUGUUAUGGUUCAUAAGUUCAUUUUCGGGCCCAGUGGGCCGGGCCGACGGAUCAAAUCAAAACUCCCAGUUAGAAUAAAUUUGAGCUGAAAAGAUUGCAAACAAGCCCACCGUUGCGCUUGAGACUCUGCUCCUCUGAUCUCUUCCAUUUACUCAGGAAGGAAAACCAACCAGGUGGCAUCCUAAUCUUAGUGGACGUUGAACAGAAUUGCGUAUCCUAGAGAACCACUUUGACAUUCCUCUCCUUCUACUCAAAUUAACGUCAUGGUCGAUUAAGAUCAGACACAUGCAACCAUGCAAUAUGCCAAGACUUUGAUUGUUGAUCGUUUCUUUAAGUUUCCAUGAAUUAUAUAAAAAAAAAAACUUGAAAAGAAGUAACGCAAAAAUAAAUGAAAAUUAAUUUUGACA